AUUCUUUCCUUAUCCACUCCGAGGGUCUCAGAAACGGCAACCAUACGGUAAGUGCGCAGUAGGCUUUCUGACUGCCUAAACUUAAGCCAAAUCAGGUUUAAGGUGACUACGGGAAUACUCUCAAACAUGGCAACUCUCAGCAGUAACAAUGAGGAGAAUUUGAAGGAAAAUCAACACAACACAGACGUAAAUGAGGAACUGAGUGAUCCUUCCAUCGGCAUGCUGCUCCCACAAGAUGUGUUAUGUGACUCCUGCAUGGACAGCCCCAGCAAGGCCCUAAAAUCCUGCCUGACCUGCCUUGUUUCUUACUGCGAGGCCCAUCUCAGACCCCAUCUGGAGAACACCAAAUUUCAAAACCACCGUCUGGUGGAUCCCCUCCAUGACAUCGACUGUCGGACCUGCGAGGUUCAUCAACUUCCUCUCGAACGCUUCUGUCUGAUGGACGGCUGCUGUGUGUGUCUGGAUUGUGAGAACCAGGAGCAUGAAGGGCACAUGACUGCGUCCGUUGGGGAGGCAUGCACACAGAUUGAGGCAGAGUUGCAGAAGAAGCAAGAAGAGAUCAGUCAGAGUGCCUCAGCAGCUGAGAAAGCUAUUGGAAAGCUACAGAGCAACAAUGAUUUAAUUAAGUCUUCAGUGCAGGAGGUUUGUGUUAUCGUUGAACAGCAGUUUGCCAGGCUGCAGACAGCCGUUGAGGAGGCCAGAAAAGGGGCGGCGGAGGUGCUGGAGGGAGAACAGAGACAGGCCCUGAAACAGGCAGAGGGCAUCCAGGCACAUCUGGAGCAGAGGAGAACAGAGCUGAUGAAAACUUUGGCUCAUAUGAACAAACUGUCCAGGAGCAAGUCUGAUGUUGACUUCUUGCAGGAGUACUCAGAGUGGAAGAAAGGUGUGGCGGAUGUAUGUCUGCCUACUGUGUACAUCAACCGUAUGGAUCAUCUAACCUCUUAUGUCCAAGUAGUGACUGAUGCUACACAAGAGCUGUGUGACCUGAUCCUCUCCUCCUACAGGGAAAAACUGAACUUGAUCUGGACAAGUGGUACUAAAUCCCCGAUGUCAGAAUCUCAAGCUUCACCCCUGCCUGUUCCUGAGACGCGAGAGGACUUUUUGAAAUACACAAGGAGUUUGACCUUUGACCCAGACACCACCCAUCAUUUCCUACGUGUAAUGGAGGACAACAGAAAGCUGACCAACACCAGCCCCUGGCAGCACAGCUACCCAGACCACCCAAGUCGCUUUGAAUAUUGGCGCCAGGCAAUGACCUCGGAUAGCCUUUACCUGGGGAGGCACUAUAUUGAAGCCGAGCUGAGUGGGGAAGGUGCACAUGUAGGACUCACGUACAAGAGUAUCGACCGUAAGGGGGAGCAGAGCACCAGCUGCAUCAAUGGGAACGACUUUUCCUGGUGCGUGGGAAGGAACAGCCGAGGUUUCUUUGCCUGGCACGCUGGUGUGGAGGUGCCCUUGGAGGUCACUGACAUCACAAGAGUUGGCUUGUAUGUUGACUUUCACCGAAGCUCUGUGUCUUUUUAUGAUGUCACCGGCCCUAUGAGGCUGCUCCACAAGUACACUGCUGAUUUCAUAGAGCCCUUAUAUGUUACAGCCUGGCUGUCAAAGAAGGACAAUGUAGUUUCUCUGGUUGAUGCAAAAUGAUGCCUCUUCCCAUGUUUUACCAACAAACCUGUCUUCACUGUGCGCUUGUAAAAGAAAAAACAGUGCAUUAUAAAUGUUUAUGGAGGUUACAUAACAAGGUGCAGAAAGUUACGGUACAUAUGAAGGAAUUUUUUUUUCCACAUACACACAUUGAAGGAUAAAUUUACUACCAUCUAGUGGUAACUGUGCAGCAUGGACGUAAGAAACCCGUGCAGCAGUAGGUGUGUUUGGAAUUUACUGCAGCUUUAUUGCAACUUCACUGCUCUUGAAUGUGAUAUGAAUGAAGAAAAAAAGUACACAAAUGUCUUCCAAUGAGUAUUUAUUUCUCUUACAAGUGCAUUUUGUUAUGGCGCCUGGUUAGCUCAGUCGGUAGAGCUGGCGACCCAUGUACUGAGGCUGAGUCCUUGCUGCAGCGCCAGGGUUCGAAUCUGACCUGCGGCCCUUUGCUGUGUGUCAUCCCUCUCUCUGUCCCCCUUUCCUGUCUAUCUCCAGCUGUCCUCUCAAAUAAAGGCAUAAAAGCCGAAAAAAAUAUACUUAAAAAAAAACAAAAAACAAGUGCAUUUUGUUAUUAAAAGCUUCAGUGUCUGUCAGAACUUAUUUAUUUACGUAGCUGAAUUAUAAAGCUAUAAAAGGAUUUACUGUUUAGUACAGGUCUGUAAAAUCAUCAGUUUAAUACAAAGGUACAUUGGAAAUUAUUAACAUACCUUAAGUUCACUGCAGUCAACUUCAUGCAUUAAAAUCAGUUUCAUUCUCGUCAUAAACUGGAUUUAUGAAGUGUACACCUGUCUGAGUCAGGGAGAUUGAAUUAUUUGUUUCAGUUGCAUACAGACCAGGAACUUCAGGCAUCAAGCUGGGCUUGUCGAACAUUGGAUUAUCAUAGCCAUGGUCAAGUGGACCACCAAGCUCUCCAACAUCACUGUGUCUCUUCAAGCUGCUCAGAGACGGCAGCGGAGGCAGUGAUGGCAUUUGAACAACCCCCUUUUGAAUCAAGAGAACCAUGAUGAUAAUGAACGCAAUAAUAAUUAAAACACCAAACACAACUCCAACCACCAUCCCAGCACUGCCUCCAGACUGACCACUGCUGCUCCCAGAGGAGGCUUGAAAUUCAGCCCCAGUGAUCCCUAAGGUAGAGCCAUGAGAUCGGGCAUCCUUCACAAUGUCCCGGGCCAGACCUUCUGACUGUUUUCCCUUCUCUCCAUCCAGGAUAACCACCUGGAUCUCAGGUGAGGUACCAAAAGGGAUGAUCCCCAUGAAACGCUGUGACUUGAAGACUUUAGACAUGCCCAGCUGAAUGGAUUUGUAUUUUGGCAGGACAAGAAAUAGGUGAUGGAUUCGUUGCCUGUAAGAUUGCAGGUUAAAAGCAGCAGCAUAAUGGAUAGUGGCAAUUGCACCACAAACAUCACAGCAGUGUCCUACCGGGAGGAGAGGCUUUUUACAGCUCAGAGAGGCACAUUUUACAGUGCCACAGAUCCGCUGAUGGUUUACAGAAUUCCCACAGUCACAGCCAGAAGGAUCCCCACAGCCUGGUUUCCCAACAGUGACGGCAGAGGAUCCGUGAAACUGCAGCUGGCCCGAGUGUGAGCUGACAUACUGGGAGAACUCAGGCUGGCUAUCAAACAUCUUCCCCAGCACAGACACAGAUUUGACAGGAAUGCUAGACUGACUGGAGCUGGUGUCCACCCUGAAAGAGGAGCGGGCUUUAAAAACCACAUCAUCAUACUGGCACGGGACGCUCUCCUCAUGGACUGAGAACAGGAAGUUUCCACGCUGCAGGUCAUCGAGAGCUGCAGCCGCCUGCCACAGAGCUGGGUUGAACCACUGAAGAGACUCUGAAUCUUUGAACUGGGUUGUGACACCUGCUCCACAUCCUGGAUCUUGUCCGGCCACGACAUAAAAUCCAGCUCCUGAAUUCAGGAUGAACUCUCCAUCAACUGGCAGCUUCAUCUCCUGCACAGCAUGCGUGGUCUCCACAAACACAGACACUUUUCUCUGGGCUGAAAACUCGACUAUGUCAUUGCCACACGGAACUUCUUUUUUGUCCCAGUUGGUCUUAUUCUCAUAGUUGGUGUCAGGAAUCCACUGCUUGUACA